CUCCUUCUCCUCCUGCCGCUCUCCGCUCCCGGCAGCGUGCGGGACGUCUCGGGGCGGGCAGUGGCUCGGGCCGCAGCCCCCCGCACCCGCCGUGCCCCGCAGCAUGGCGUGGGGCGAGCUCAGCCUGCGCUGGCUGCGGGAGGGCCGGCAGUCCAGGAAGCUCAUCCUGCUCAUCGUCUUCAUCGCCCUGCUGCUGGACAAUAUGCUGCUCACCGUGGUCGUGCCAAUAAUUCCCAGUUACCUUUACAGCAUCAAACAUGAGAAAAAUGCAACAGAAGUCCAGACUGCUAAGCCUAACGUCGUUUCAAAGACAAUGGACAAUUUUCAGAGCAUCUUCUCCUACUAUGACAACUCGACGAUACUUACUGGAAAUGAGUCUGAUACGGCAGCACCCGGAGAGCUGCAGCACACUCAGACAGCACCCAUGAUGGUAAAUGCAACCACUGCACCGCCAGACUGCCCUAAGGAAGAUAAGGACCUGCUGAAUGAAAAUGUUCAAGUUGGGUUACUGUUCGCUUCCAAAGCCACAGUGCAGCUGAUCACCAACCCCUUCAUAGGGCCGCUGACAAACAGAAUAGGCUACCAGAUUCCAUUGUUUGCUGGCUUCUGCAUCAUGUUUCUGUCAACAAUCAUGUUUGCCUUCUCAGGAAGCUACACACUGCUGUUCAUUGCAAGGUCCCUUCAAGGGGUGGGUUCCUCUUGUUCUUCAGUGGCAGGGAUGGGUAUGCUUGCCAGUGUAUACACAGACGAUGAAGAGAGAGGCAACGCGAUGGGAAUUGCGCUGGGAGGCCUCGCUAUGGGAGUAUUAGUGGGCCCACCCUUUGGGAGCAUCAUGUAUGAGUUCGUGGGGAAGAGCUCUCCGUUCCUCGUGCUGGCAGCUCUGGCUCUGUUCGAUGGAGCUGUUCAAUUACUUGUUCUGCAGCCAUCCAGAGCACAGGCAGAAAGUCAGAAGGGGACACCAUUACUGACGCUUCUGAAGGACCCGUAUAUCAUUAUUGCAGCAGGAUCAAUCUGCUUUGCAAACAUGGCUAUUGCUAUGCUUGAACCAGCACUUCCCAUCUGGAUGAUGGAGACCAUGUGUUCGAAAAAAUGGCAACUUGGCGUUGCGUUUCUUCCAGCCAGUAUCUCUUAUCUUAUCGGGACUAAUCUUUUUGGGAUACUUGCGCACAAAAUGGGAAGGUGGCUGUGUGCUUUGCUAGGAAUGCUCAUUGUGGGAAUAAGCAUCUUAUGUGUACCAUUUGCUAAGAACAUCUAUGGGCUCAUAGCACCCAAUUUUGGAGUUGGAUUCGCCAUUGGAAUGGUGGAUUCCUCCAUGAUGCCCAUCAUGGGCUACCUCGUGGAUCUGCGCCAUGUGUCAGUCUACGGCAGCGUGUAUGCCAUAGCUGAUGUUGCCUUUUGCAUGGGCUUUGCAAUUGGUCCCUCGGCUGGUGGUGCCAUUGCAAAGGCGAUUGGAUUUCCAUGGCUCAUGACAAUUAUAGGGAUUGUGGAUAUCCUCUUUGCUCCUCUGUGCUUUUUCCUUCGAAGUCCACCUGCCAAAGAAGAGAAGAUGGCGAUACUCAUGGAUCACAACUGUCCCGUUAAAACAAAAAUGUAUACUCAGAACAACAUCCAGUCCUAUCCCAUAGGUGAUGAAGAAGAAUAUGAAAGUGAUGAGUAACGUUAAAAGCCAUAUAAUAUAUUUUCGUGUACA